GUAUAAAUUUUAACAUGCAUUUCAUUAUCAUCAUUUACCUGUGUUUAAAAUACGAACAGGUUUAUAAAAUCAAUUAACAAGGAUGUUACUCUUUAAUUUACUAUUGUUUACACAAGUUAAUAAGCUCAUAAGAUGUACAGUUAGUUGGAAUUUUAUCUUUGUGAAAUGGAUCAGAAUUAACACUGAAGUUAACCAUCUGUUGCGUCUGUUGAUAACUAACACUUUUCUAUGAUAAUGACGAUGAUGCCCUGUAAAGUGACAAAUCUUUCUAACGGAUCCAGGAGAUAUUAUGGGUUGUGUCGAUACGAGAACAUGGCAAUAUGAAAACCGUUAUGACUGUAGUCAUGAUUAAAAGUCCAGUCAUCAAAGACGAUUUGAAAGAUGGCGCUUCUAAAUUUGACAACAAUUAUUAACAUGACAGAUCGAACAGAUUUAGGAACGUUAUGUGCAAACUGUACCACAAAUAAGAAUCUGUCUAUUCUUACACCUACUCUAAUGAUGACAACAGGAAUUGUGGGAAAUAUUCUAGCACUUGUGGUCUUAUACACGUCAUCAAAUGAAGCUAAGAAGACUGUGUUUUAUACCCUUUUGGCGGGACUAGCAUGUACGGAUUUAAUUGGCAUAUGCUUAACUAGUCCUAUAGCAAUUUUAGUGUAUGCUAAUAAUUUAAAAUGGGUAGGAGGCAAGCCUUUAUGCUUCUACCAUGCUUUUGUGAUGAUAUUCUUUGGAGUUGUGACGCCUUUAUUAGUUUGUACCAUGUCCUUAGAGCGCGUGUUGGCUUUACGAUUUACAUAUUUCUACAAAAGAACAGUGACAAAGAAGAAAGCUGCGUUCGUAGUUGGUGGACUGUGGUUGUUUGUUAUAUGUUUUUGUACAUUGCCGUUAUUAGGCUUUGGGAGUUACGAGAAACAAUUUCCAGGAUCUUGGUGUUUUCUGAAUUACCAUCGGGAGAGUACUAAUGAUAUAGGAUAUGCUUAUACAUUCGCAAUUUUUAAUAUUCUUGUGAUUAUAAUAAACUUGUGUUGUAAUAUCGUUGUGGUGGUGACACUGCUUCAAAUGAGACAAAAAAGACUAGUCCAAAAUUCACCGUCCAUUGACAGACGGCACGGAGCCAGACGAUCUAAAACUUCCAUUAAAAGAGAGAUUGAACAUAGCUUAGUGAUCUUUUUGUGUGCUAUAACUGCUGUGUUUACUGUUUGUUGGCUUCCUAUUAAUAUAAAUGUUUUGGUAAACCAGAUAGUCCCACGUAGAAAUAACACCAUUGACUUGUUUGGUGUUUUGAUGGCAGGUAUAAAUCAGAUUUUGGAUCCUUGGUUAUAUAUUCUGCUCCGACAUUCAAGUUUAAUGAAAAUAUUAAGACAUAUAAAAAGAUUUUUGUGCAAAGAAAACAUCACGGAACAUAUUCCACCGUACGUUAUUAGUAAGAAAAAUGACUGUAAUACGUCACAAUUUGACGGUUCUUUAGAAAUUCGAGUCGUUUGUGAUCUCCCAAUCAAUGACAAUGUUAGUGAAAGCGAUGACAGUAUGACAAGUACGUCAAAAUUAAUUCAGGAUAAUCUUGAACCCCAUCCACCGUUUUUGAGAUCAUUAUCAGUGGGUAAUGAAACUCCAGAAGAAACUCGAAAUGAUCAACAUUCCAAUGUUAAAGAAAUAAGUGAUCGUAAUAUGAAUGGCAUCUUUCAAUCAGAUAUAUGUCAAAAUGGAAAGAAUAUUCAGUUGAGGAGGAUGAAGCGCUUAAAUAGUUCGCCAGCCGUCUUCUCUCAGACAUUUUUAUGAAUCAGUCUUGUAGGCAGCACUUGACAAUCUACUUCUCAUAUGAAUCAAUCAAAAUAAAUGUUAUGUUUUCA